GUCGUCGUUCAUGUUGGCUCUCCGUUGCUGCAGCAGCUUCCAACAUGUGGGAGAAAAUCGUAGACUUGGUGCUUUUCUUGCGUCGUUUCAUGCUGCUGAUCGUGUUGCUGUUUUGUUGGUCAGCCAUUCAGGGUAAACCCUGGUUCUUCUUCCUGUCACUGCUGCUCUUGUCGGUCGUCAAGCUCUGAAGAUGCUGGCAGCCGUCACUAGAAGAGGUUCGGGGCUAAACCCCAGCCUCUUGUCGCGGUCGUCGUCCUCGUCGUGGUCUGUCGUGUGUCGCGCCCAGACGAGCGGGGAUUGCUCUCGCACUCCUCCAUCGACAUCCGCGAAUGGAGUCGUUCGAGAGGGAGCCGAUCGGAGCUCCGAAAGUGGGGUUUUAGGGUUCGGACAGCGAUUUUUGGGCCAAUUCUCGUCGAGAUCGAGCAAUGCCCAACAAUCGCCGGUCGAAGGGUGUAAGAUCAGUGGCGUGCCCUCAAGUUGGAGUCACUCGGGGCCCAUGCGGCUGAAUCAAGUUCGAGGGUUCAUUCAGUUGAAGACGAAUUUGGAGGUGGCGGACAAUUCCGGAGCGAAGCGAGUCCAAUGCAUAAAGGUGAUGAAGGGAUCGAACGCAGCCAAAAUUGGCGACAUCAUCAUGGCGUCCGUGAAGGACGCCCAACCUCGAGGCAAGGUGAAGAAAGGUGAAGUGGUGACUUGCGUGGUCGUGCGUGCCGCAACUCAGAAACUGAGAAGAGAUGGAAGCGAGAUCAAGUUCGACAAAAACGCCGUCGUUCUGGUGAACAAGCAAGGCGAACCCAUCGGCACUCGAAUCUUCGGCCCUGUACCGCACGAACUCAGGCGACGCAAGUUGGUGAAAAUCUUGACAUUGGCUGAGUACGUUGCCUGAGCAGCAGCAGAGUCUACCCGGCGUUCGCCAAUUAUCUCAGCAGUCGAUGAGCAGUCGAUGAUCGGGUUCUGAGUUGAACCCUUUUUAAUUAGGUCACCGGUCGGUGUCAUUCUUAUGCAGAGGGUGCCCAUUGCUCCUACCUUCGCAGAUACCCUUUCACCCACGGAAGUUAUCGUCUUUAUCGUCAGAUGUACAUGUGGGAAGCAGGUUGCAUGCGGAAGCAUGUUAUGCUAAGUUUUGUGUUGAUCCUUUUGGCUGCGGUCAUAAUUGAUAUUUCAUUUAAAUGUCUAUGAUUCCUAUUCAACUCAAUGUGAAAGCAGUAUUGGCCGGAA